AUCCAGUUAAUUCUGACUCCUGACUGCGCAUGCGCCAAAUCAGGACAUUGGGACUAACGGUGUACGGAGUACGCAUUUGGGUAGAACGGGUCCAGUUUCCCUCUUUGAAAAGCUGCAGGAAUCAUGGGAGCCGGUGAGUCUUUUUAUAGUCUUUAUUUCUGCCAGAGACUGUGUGAUAUUUUCAAGGAUGCCGAUUUGUGUUUCUUAACGUUGCCAAGAUAUGUAGUGGGUGUGUAUGCUGAGCCAGCUUGUGAUCUCAUGGAUGUCACGUAAAGGUGAUGCAUCUUUCUGUCAGUAAUUUUCCAUUAGUAUUAGUCACAGAUUGUCAACAGCGGUCUUGACCUAAAUAGUGCUUCUAAUAUUUAAUCCAUGCCUAAUCAGAUAAUUAUGCAUCACAAUAUAGCAUCUGUUUUAUUUCUCCCACUCUCAAUGCUGAGGAACAGUAGGCUACUCUUUCACAAGCUUCCCUGUGCCUGGGAGGAACCGGCAUUUCAAAGAAGUCACUUUGUCGGUCAUAGCCCCCCUCCUUGUUUCUGUGCUGUAUGCUUAUUUUUUGUAUCUCCGCCAGUGUUCCUGCCAGCAGAUGCCGCGCACUCGGUGCUGAGGAGACUCCCAAGAGCAAACUUCUUCUUGGAGGAGAUUAAACAAGGGAACAUCCAGCGAGAAUGCAGGGAGGAAAUCUGCAAUUAUGAAGAAGCCAGGGAGGCAUUUGAGAAUGACGAGAAAACUAGGCGAUUCUGGGAGGAGUACCAGCGUGAAAGUAGCCCCAGGCCUGGAGGACUGGAGUCCAUCGCCGGUGGCGUUCAUUCCCUGUAUCUGAUCUUACCCCUGCUGCUGGUUUUGCUGCUCAUUGCUGCAGUUUCCAUCACAGUUUGGAGAUGCCACUCACGCAAAAGAUCCCAGCAGAGUCCUGCCAUUGGGCACCCACAAAGAGACACAACCCUAUCAGUGGUGUCAAUGGACCAGUGGGGUCGGGACUACCAUCCUGACAUCAGUCCUCACUCGGAGAUCAGUGCCCACAGUAGCCCCGCCUACCCAGGCACUGACCUCACACCUGGGCGGGGCAGUCGGGGUGACCCGCCCCCUUCAUACGAGGAAGCUGUGGGCCAUACAGAUAUACAGAUUGAAGCAGAGCCUCCACCACAAUAUGAAGACAUCAUCAGUAACCACGGUAACACGGUUAUCAUCUCCCAGGGAAAGUGACGUAUCUUCCAGGCAUGUUAUCCAGCCUCAUGUAGGGAUGCAUUUUGAUACCAGUACUGUAAACCCUGUCAUUCCUUACUCGCUGUGUCUCUCUUCUCUUUUAUAGCUAAUGUUUUUGCGGGAUGUGAACAUGCUUUGGCCGUUUAUUUUUAAGUACUAGAAGUAUUUUUUUACAACUUCACUACUGCAAUGACAGGCUUUUCAACUCCAACACUAGCAAAACAGCUAAACUUCUUUACUUAAUGUGAAGAGAAAACAACUUAUGCAAUAACAUUAUUCUUAGUACCGUUACGUUGUUAAACAUUGAAUUGCUUUGAUUUCAGAGAUGUUCGUAGAACUCAUAACAGCAUGAAUCCUAAUCCUAGCCCAAAUCCAAUGACAAAGUACUGUAAUGUCAUUAGCCAUUCUUCCAAGUUAGUAAGUCCUAUGAGUGUCAGAACAUCUUAGAAAUGAACUGAAUAUUUGGUCAGUUGUGGCCUCUCAUGGGACAACUAAAUAAUAAACUAAAUAAUCAGUUUCAGAGGAAAAAAUGCACAAUAUUUUCAGGAAGUUGUACAUUUUAAUGUUUACUGACAUUCUGUACUUCAAGGUUCAUUGUAACCUUUAUCAAUAGCCAUCUAAGCUUAGGCUAUCUGUAUAGAAUUGCAUAGACGUCACUAUGCACUGGACUCACAGCCUCAAUGAAAUAUUGAUAUUGGGUUGAUUUUUCUUUUCCACUAGUUGAGGUGUUAAACACUGUGUGUGUUAAAUUUGGUUAGCAUGUUGGAAACAUUUCAGCUAAAUGGAUAACCUGUUAACAGUGUGAAUUUGCUGAUAAUACAUUGCUGAUAACAUUGACCAAACAAAUUCAAUCCUGAUUUUAUGUA